AAAUCAAGGGAAAAUUACCGUCGAAAUCGAAUGAUAUGAUAUUUCGGCAAAUUUUCAGACAAAUUCAAAUUUCAUGCCUAAAAAUGACGUCAUUUCAUUGCAUCAUUUUAAAUUAGAUUUCAUUGCCAUGGGAUUUAAAAGAAAAAAUCGAGUGACGACAUUUCAAUAGACUUUUUGGAAUUUAUGUGAUAGUUUCAAACACAUUAAUUUACUCAAAUGAUUCAUAAUCAUUUAAAUCGUUCCGCACGAUGAUUCUUCUUCUUUUUUUUUUGUUAACAUCGCACAUUGUCUAGAUUCUCGGAGACGAACAAAAAAAAAAAACAAUUUGAUGAUUUACUAUACAUAUACUUGUUAGCCGUACACUUGAGAAUCGAAUGACAUCGUCUCUCGGUCAAACGCACACAUCGAUAAACAAACACGAGCUCAUAUGUUUCGCUGUCGUGUGUGUGUGUGUGGAAGUGAGGCAGAUUUACUUGCAAAUCAAAACAUGCGACAAUGAUAUAGAAAACCAACACCACACACGAAUAUUGUAUUCCGAUUCGUGUUCAUUUCUCGUAUGAUAACUUGAAUGAAGAGAAGAAGCAAAAAGAAGGAAAAAAAAACAGUAAAUAAAAUCGCACUGUAAAAUGGUGUAAAUAAAUGAAUACUUUUGUGAAUUUGUUCAAAUGUUAUCGAACAAUGACAGUAAAACCAUUUGAAUUGUCAACGCAAAAUUGUCGUCGCAUUGUGUUAUGAACUAAAUCGAAGUCAUUUUGAGUUGUGUUUAAUUAGGACGAAGAAAAAGCAGAAAAAAAAAAUCCGCUGUGUCAGCGCAUUUUCCACGAACGAAAAUCAUCAUUCCAAAGAGCCGAUCAAACCGAAUUUAUUACUAUAUUGGCACACACGACUCAAACGAAUUGAUUGGCAGUGAGACAUUGUCGGGUUUACGUGUCCAUUUGAGGCUGAUGUGUACAUAAAUGUCAAAACAGAUGGAAAAAACGGAGGAUAUGGAAAAUACUCAGAACGAGAGUCCAACAUCGAAAACAAGUGAAAAAACAACCAAAGUCAGCAAACCGAUCACCAAGACACAGGUGAUGGGCCGAAAUCGUGGAGCAGUACUGCGACUUCAACAGGAUUACAUCAAUUUAAACAAAGACCCAGUGCCAUACAUUCGAGCCGAACCGUUGCCAUGGAACAUUCUCGAAUGGCAUUAUGUGAUAAGCGGACCGGAAAACAGCCCAUACUACAGUGGAAUGUAUCACGGUAGUUUAGUAUUUACGCAGCAAUAUCCAUUUAAGCCACCAUCAAUUUAUAUGCGAACACCAAAUGGACGAUUCCAAACGAAUCGACGGCUAUGUCUUAGCAUAAGCGAUUAUCAUCCGGACGAAUGGAAUCCAGCGUGGAGUGUAUCGAGCAUUUUAACGGGGCUGCUCAGUUUUAUGCUGGAAGAUAGUUCGGCAUUGGGCACAAUGGUUACGGGGCGCAAAGAAAAACUUCAAUUUGCAUACGAUUCGCUUGAGUAUAAUCUCAAGGAUCACAAUUUUACCACAUUAUUUCCGGAUCUGUGCAAAGAAAUCAAACAACGGCUUAAGGAGCGCGAAUCAAAUGAAGCCAAAAUGAAGGCGGCCAAUGGAACGAACGGCGGCGGUGAUGGAACAACGGAUACAGCAAAUGGUUUACUUAACCGUAGCUCACCGGGUAAUAUCGAUGACAAUGGCGGUUUCCCCCAUCUCAUACUUAUCAUUUGUUUCUGCCUUGGCGCUCUUAUCUUCCACCAUGCUUACAAUCUCGAGCAAAUGAAGUGAACGAGCUGAGAAAAAAAAAACAAUGAAUACGAAAGUAUUUGCAUGUCAUCUGGGUGCGAAUGUGUUUUGGAAAUGAAUGUGUUCCUUAGCAUUUUGCUUCAAUUGCUUUUUUUUAUUUAUCAAAACGAUUGAUGAUGUGAACAAUAAGCUUUAGCUAAAUCAUAGAAAAACUAAAGAGAGAUACUAAUAGAGACAUUUUUAAAGGAGACAAAAAAUAAAUCACAAACACAUUUAUGUAUAUUCUUCAGAAAAUGAAGACAGCUCAAGGAUAUUUAUGCAUUUUAAUGCUAAGGAAUAACCAUGGCUAAAUUAUAUAUCGAAAAAAAAGAAGAAAAAUCAUUGUUCUGUACAAGCAAAAAUCAUAUUUUUAAGCUGAAAAUGAAAUGAUGAGAUGAAAUAAAGGAAAAAUACAAAUAACAAGCACCUAUUUA